CUCAGACUGGACUCCCAGAUCUCCCUUCUUGUUGAGAAUCAGCAGUUGUCUUGCAGUUGCCUUGCAGCCUGUCUAGAGCUCUUGUCAUCAUGCCUGGAUCUUGCACCUCAAUCAUCAACCUGCGCUACCAGGAUGGCAGCGAGGGGAGCGCCAGCAACCCCGCUAGAUUCAACAGCCAGGACUUUACCCAUCUGAGGGACAGCUAUGUCCGCAGAGGGAGUCUGUUUGUGGACAACACCUUUGCACCUAACAACUCCUCUCUGGGGGACCUGCCCGGUAUGCCCAGCUGGCGUGAAGAUGAAGUGCAGUGGCUUCGUCCAAAAGACAUCAUGGCAUUGUCAAACAACUCUGAUGAGCCUGUUUUCUGCAGCAAAGGUGCCUCAAGGUUUGACUUUGGUCAAGGCCAAGUGGGUAACUGCUGGUUCCUGGCUGCAAUUUCUGCCCUGACUUUCCAUAAAACCCUGAUGGUGCAGGUUGUGCCCAUGGACCAGUCCUUCAAGAAGUAUGCAGGAAUCUUCCACUUCAGGUUCUGGAGGUUUGGCAAGUGGGUGGAUGUUGUCAUUGAUGACCACCUGCCAGUCAUUGACAACAGGCCCCUGUCUGUGAGCUCCAAGAGUGGCAACGAGUUCUGGGCUCCUCUGUUGGAGAAAGCAUACGCCAAGGUGUGUGGUUCAUACGCUGACAUGCAUGCUGGCCUGUCAUCAGAGGCCUGCAAGGAUUUCAGUGGAGGCGUGGCCAUGACUUACGAGCUCAAUAAGACCCAUGAUCGGAAUCACACAGACAAGAUUUGGCUUUCACUCAGCAAUGCCACCGGCUGCAACUCCAUGAUUUGCUGCGGGACUCCCCAGAAAGGAGGUAGGCUGGUGAACACCAUUGGGGACACUGGAUUGGUGGAUGCUCAUGCCUAUUCUGUCACAGCAGUCACUGAGGUCGAGUAUUACGGCUCCAAAGUGAGGCUGGUGAGAGUCAUGAACCCAUGGGGCCAAACAGAGUGGAAAGGAGACUGGAGUGACAAGUCAGACAAGUGGAACGGUGUGAGCUCACUAGAUCGGGAGAGGUGCUUCGACCGUGACGAUGGAGAGUUCUGGAUUGAGCUGGAGGACUUCUGUCGCUUCUUCCUGUUGCUGUUCAUCUGCUGCGAGAACCCUAACUUCAUUGACGGAGACCUGUCUUGCCAGUGGCAGUCCAUGAGUUAUGACGGCAGCUGGAUAGCAGGGAAAACUGCAGGCGGCAGCCGUUCUAGCUCUUCCUAUUAUACAAAUCCUCAGUACCGAAUGCAGGUGACUAAAAUCGAUGACACAGAGAAGGAGGACAAGAACCUUUAUUUGUCCCUGAUGCAGAAACCUAAGCUGCAGAAUCGCAGAGAGCAGAAGAACAGAUCCGACCCCAUUGCACUUGCUAUCUACCAGGUUCCAGAAGGGACACCAGCAGGUCGCCUGUCAAGGGACUUCUUUGAUAGAAACAGGUCCAUAGGCACGGUACAGAACUACACCCACAGCAGGGAGAUGGUUGAGGAGUACAGUGUGCAGCCCGGGGAGUACGUCAUCGUCCCCUUCACAAUGAAGCCCUACCUGAACGGCGAAUACGUUCUCACAGUCUACUCCAAGUCUGAGGCCAAGAUCACCCCCCAUGAUAAACACGAUGACGAUGACCAUGACCAUGACCAUGACCAUGACCACGACCACGAGGAGAAGGACAAGGAGAACCUGAUCCUUCCAGAGACACCAACUGACAAAAAGGACAAGGACGACGUUAAAGAUUCCGUUCAUGCCCUUUUCAGCCGCUAUGCCGAUCAGAGAGGUGAGCUCAGUGCCUAUCAACUCCGGAAACUCAUGAAUGAUCAAUUCCCUCGUGGAUCCAAAUAUGGCUUUGGUUUUGACACCUGCAGGAGCAUGAUUGCCUUAGUGGAUACCGACCAAAACAGGAGGAUGAGCAUCGUUGAAUUCAGGAGCCUGUGGACAAAGGUCCAAGAAUUCAAGGUUCACUUUGACCGCGCAGAUCUGAAUGAGAACGGAACCCUGUCUGACUACGAGGUCCAGAAGGCAAUUGAACAUGCAGGACUGAGCACAAACGACACCAUGGUGAGGUUGAUGAUUUACCGUUACUCUGGCUUCUCUUCCACCACCAUGGAGGACUUCAUCACUAUCAUGUUGCGCCUGCAGAAGUCAUCAAACAUCUUCAAGGACAAGUCCUCUGAUGGAGUGAUCGUCUUGUCCUGGGACGAGUGGUCCAACAACUUCAUGUACAACUAAAAACCCAGCUGACACAGGAGCACAGGAGACGCACGGACAAAGGAAGAGUCCUGUAACCAAUCACUGCUGUUAUUAAAUUUAACGUCUACCUGUGCACAACCUGUAAAGCAAAACCUGUAACACGUUACUGUGAUCAAGUGAUCUGUGUGAAAUAAACGUUGUUACUCUUUGAAACAUGA